GGCGCCGCGCGCCGCGCCGCAGUCCGAGACACGCGCCGCCGCCGGCCUGUCGUCCUCCUCCCGUGCGCCAUCCCGCAUCGUGACACGCGUGGACCGCCUUUGUUUACCGACGAACGUGCGCUGCUCCUGCACACCAGCUGUUCAUUGUGUUUUACGUUCCUCAGCCGUUCUGUGUUAUCUCAGUUCCCAGUGUUACCCAGUACUAGUGCUUUUGUGUUAUCAGUUGUGAGUGUAGAUGGAGUAUACGGCCUGCCCCUGAAGCGGCCGGCGCCUUGCGCGCGUCUCCGCAGAGUUCUGGUGCGAGUAGCCCGGCCAUGGCGGCCACGGCUCGCCGAGAGAUCGACACUGGCGAGGAGGACAUCGCCGCCAUCGCUAAACAGAUAUCAGAUCAUGCAGAAGCUAUUUACCAAACUUGGAAAGCGCGCGGAUUGGCACCUACUGAGAUAUUAUCUUGUAGACCUGCUCCAGGAAUCAAACUGGCGGAAAGUUUGCGAACUAAACCUAAACCGGAACCCAAGCCGGAUAUAAAACAACGACCUGAAUUCAGGAGAGAACACCGACCAGACUUAGCGAAGGAACGACCUGAAAUCAAGAGAGAGCAAAGACCUGAGCCUCGUCGCGAGGUUCGAUCAGAACCAGAGGGAGAGACAAUAGAAGUAAUUCUGCCUCCGGAUCUUGUGCCACAAAGGAAUGGCACUGAAGGAGUAGGAGGCGGCACCAGGCGUCUGGAUCCUGCGGCAAUGCGUUUAGAAGUCGCUCGUGAAGAAGAGCGACUUCUGCGAGCAUUGCGUACUGGAGGUGUAGUAGCGGAGCGAUCAGCCGAAAGGCCUGAUGUUGUUCCGCCAAUAUCACUCGUAGACUAUGCUAAAAGUAGAUAUCAGGAUCGGCUUGAUACCGGAGCAAGAAAGCCAGCAGCUGGUGCUAGUGGUGAAAGGCGAGCUUCUCUUGGUUCCCAUGUCACUGAAGCUAGAUCAAAGUUUGAGGCUCGAGCUCGACGAGCUUCGAGUGCUGGGGCAGGUGAGACUACGACUUCUGCCGGAGGAGCCACACCAGUGCGGCCUUUCCUCACACGUGGUUCAGUUGCUGAAAGAGUAUUAAUGUUUGAACGGUGCCCUAGCGAAGCUACUCUUGAGCUUGCCAAAAGGAAAUCACCAGCAGCUACAACGUGGCGGGGACCGCACGACGUAAUUAAUAGAGCACAGAACUACGCAGCAUCAACGCCUCCAAAGCCGUCAUCGGCGCCGGCGCACACGACACUUCAGCGCACAGUCCGGGGUGCGGCCAACAGCGGCGCUCCCGCACGGGUCAUCCCCAGGUUCCACUUUCCUAAAGGCCGUCCCCCACCGGCCCAUCAACAGGACCACGCGCUGCAUAAAGUGCAGUCCGCCUUCGCCACAUUUCCUAAUAGUCAGGUUCCACGUGAGAGUUUCAAGCACAUCGUAAAAUCAUGCGAGUGUCCGCUGUACUGGAAGAUGCCGCUGUUCCUCGCCACCCAGCAGAGCCUGCACGCACCCGUCGACGGACACAAGUUUAUCGACUUCUGGAGAGAAAUGAGUUCCCAAUGCCACGACCAGGCGUCCCGGUUCGUGUACAUCUUGACCCGUGGGAAGAGCCACACGCUGGCGCAAGAGGACUUCGUGCCGCUAGUGCAGGAUGUGGUGGACACCCAUCCAGGACUCUCCUUCCUCAAGGAGGCCACGGAAUUCCACUCCAGAUAUGUGCAUACUGUGAUCGCUAGGAUAUUUUAUUGUGUAAACCGAUCUUGGUCGGGUAGAAUAUCGAUCCCUGAGCUAAGAAGGUCGAACCUGCUUCAAGUCAUCCAACUGCUAGAAGAUGAGGAGGAUAUCAACCAAGUUACACAGUACUUUAGUUACGAACAUUUCUACGUUAUCUACUGCAAGUUCUGGGAGCUGGACAGAGACCAUGACCUGUUUAUAGACAAACAUGAUCUCGCGAGGCAUAACGAUCAUGCUUUAUCAAGCCGUAUGAUUGAGCGCGUGCUGUCCGGGUGCGUGACACGCGGCAACCAGAACAGACUGACGCCGGACGGCGAGCCUCGGAUGUCCUACACGGAGUUCGUGUGGUUCCUACUGGCGGAGGAGGACAAGACCCACCCCACGGCCAUCGAGUACUGGUUCAGAUGUAUGGACGUGGAUGGCGACGGGUACAUUUCCAUGUAUGAACUAGAGUACUUCUACGAGGAGCAGAUGCAGAGGAUGGAAGCCAUCGGCAUCGAGACACUGCCCUUCAAUGACUGCCUAUGCCAGAUGCUAGACAUGGUGCACCCGGCGGAGGACGGCAAGAUCACGCUGACGGAUCUGAAGCGCUGCAAACUGACGCCCAUCUUCUUCGACACGUUCUUCAACCUGGAGAAGUACCUGGAUCACGAACAGCGAGACCCCUUCGCCACGCAGAGAGACUCGGACUGCGAGAUGUCGGAGUGGGACAGAUUUGCAGCUGAAGAGUACGAGCUGUUGGUAGCAGAGGAAGGUGGCAGCGACGCCCAGGAUCAAAUCUCAUACGAUGAAACCGACGAAGGUUUCUCCCCUAACAUGGACGAGUACACCAACACAGAGGUAGUGGAAGACUCCAGUGUGGAGGAGUCCACUUUGAGCGAGAGCGGCGCGGGCUGGCGCUCCGAGCCCGUCGCCGGCUUCGUCAACCUCAGCUCCAUAUACUCCCUGGGCUCCAACGACCGCUGGACCAACCAACUGACCAAAAAUAGCUUCCCCGACAAAAAACUCCCUGAAAAACCCGUCCCCCCCGAAAAGCCAGUUAGCCUCAUGAUGGUCAACGGGAAAAUGGACAACAGAUACGCCGGUUUUGGCAACAAUAGCUUCCUGUACUCACAUUUAAUAACUGGCGGAGCUCGAGCUAAAGAUCCGCCUUCAUACACGGCAGCGACGAGCGGAACACUUUUCGAAAAAGAAAAGGCCACGUCUCCAAAAUCAAAAUCUCCCAUAACUAGUCCCGUAAACGGAGUAAAUAAAAUUUCUGACAAUUAUGAGAGGGCAGUCGCCGAAAGACUCAGUCCGCAACGAGAAACCGCCAGAAACCGUAGCAGUCUCUUCAGCAAAGUUAAUACUGGUGUCGUCUCCAGCAAAAUAAAGAAAAAUGUUCGUAAUGAAGAAGAUGAUGAAGAUUAUGCUCGCGAUAGUGAUGAGUGCUCCAUAUAGGUUCCGACAACUUUCUCAGUGAACACCAAAGAUAAUGUGCAAUUCGUAAAGCGGUAGGUACCGUUUAGUAACCAAGUAACUCUUGUUGUGUUUGAACAGAGAAAUAUUUUUUCAGCGUAUCCUAGUGGUUGAUACGUGCCUUGAGACAGUGUAGCAGUAGACGAACCCAGUGAAUCUAGAAAAGUGAUUUAUGAAGAGGUACUAGUUGCAGCAUUUCAUUAGCUCGUAGUUAUUUAUGUAUUAUGAUACUUUACCAGUGUUCUUUUGACGAUUGUUUACGUGUUAAUAUCUGAAGCAUAUCAAAUAGAUUUGUUUUCGUUUGCAUGGAAACUUUGUAUUUUGUAUGUACCUUGUUUCUAAAUAAUUAUAUGGGUACAUCGUCAUCCGUCAUUAUAGAAUCACUCAUAUCAUCGCUCCCUCCAGGCAAAAUUAAUUUAGCAUAAUAAUCAAACAGCUCUUCUUCAUGGUCAUAAGUUGACUUCAAUGCAUUUUAUUGAAGUAUUAGGAGCUGUAAAGACUAGAGCAAAACUGUGAUCACAAAUAAACUCAUGGAAAAUGUAUUUUGAAUCUCAAGAAAAAAUGUCCUUCGUAUUUAAAUAUAUAUCUAUAGUAGAAUCUUCCCACUUUUAAAUGGUUUAAGUCUGCUAAACUUUAAUAAAUAUUAGAAAUAUAUGAUCUUUGAAUCAACUCUGCUUUGAGCGCUUAUUUGAACGUGUGAGAUACCUUAAAGUUCAGAAAAUUAAUCACUAGAAAUCCGAUAGUUAUAUCAUCAAUCAGAUUUAUUCAUAAGAUAAGCAUCAUUUAACACAGCUUAAAAAUAGGUCAUAAUUAUAAUCAAAUCAUUAAUCGUCCAUAAUGCUUUAUUUCAUUAAUUUAACAAGACAAAUCAGUAUGAUAAACACGCACAGACUAUUAAUUUAGAAUAGUAAAACAUGUAACGAGUAUUUUUGAUAAAGAACCGACGGAUAUUUUGUAUGUGAAAAAUUCCUGGAACUGUCAUGUUUCAAGGAGAGAGGUGUCAAAUUAAUAAUUUAGUAAUAGUACACGAGUUAGAAAAUAUUUUAGGCGAGGGCGAUUUCAGUAUAUAGGUAUUCAAGUCUCGCAUAUUUGGCGAAGACAUCUCUAGACAAAGAAAUUGUAAUAGACCUAUCAUUUCAAUCAGGAUAUUUAAUAAUAUUUCAGGAUAUUUUUCCAAUUUUCAUACUAAGUUAGGUAUAAAAUUAUGGAUCUUGUAAGAACUAUAAUAAAGCACAAUACAUACCAAAUGCCUAAUACCUUUUGGCUACUACCUAAUGUUGGAAUUCGAUAAUGUUGUAAUUCGAUUGUAUCGAUUUUACCCACUGACCUCCCUAAAUAUAAGUUGUAAGUAUAUAUGGAGGUCAGUGAUUUUAUCAGUGUACCACCACAAGUGUUGCCAGACCCUGAUAGAUAUUUACACUACGAAAUUAUAUGAGAACACUCAAUUUCAUAACAUCAAUACAAUAUUAUAUUGUUGUAAGUUAACAAAUUGGCCUAGGGGUCCAAUACCCACUUGCUUAGUUACAAAUUAGUCAGUUGAAGCAGCUGUAUAAUAAGCUUCUAGAUAAUGCUGGGUAGAUCUUACAUAUUAGGUAGGUACUCUAGUCUGCAGGUGCUGAAUUCGGGUUGAUGAUCUGCCAAUGUCAAAUAUUUCACAAAACCCCGGACUUAUAAUCCGCGCACCGAUAAGUCCCGCGUUUCGCGUCGAUUCACAGAGAGACGCUGUUAACCAAUGACAGUGCGCCAUUGUGACGCGAUGUGUUUGUGGCGGAACGGCCACGUUGUUGUUGUCACCGACUGUCAAUAAAUAUCCCGCGUCUGCGAGACUUUUUUUUGGCGCGGACUCCAAUGUGUAAAACUUGUUUUAUCGUUAUAUAUCAGAGAAUUGGUUCUCAAAACAUUUGCCUUAUGUACCUAUUUGUUAAUAACAAAUUUAUUAAGUAUAUAGCAAUUAUGAUGAAAUUUGCUGUCUUUUUCGAUAUCAAUAAAUGAUUGAUGAUGAUGUGAGUUAUACAUUGAUGUUAAAUAUCAUUUUGUUUGAAUAUUAAUUGAGACGAAUAGGAUUUAAAUACUGUAGAUUUAAAUUUAAAAAAAAUAUUGUGCAUCGUCCGCCAUGUAUUAUUAAUUGGAAAAUACAAAAUUGACCUAACGUUUUUAAAUCCUUGAACUUCUUCCUUACUAAUAUUACUAGUCAUUUCUAUAAUCUAAAACAAAUUAUUACAAUCCUCAACCGAACUAAUUUUACCAAGUAUUAACCAAAAUAAUUGUUCACAUUUUAAUAAAUUUUAUUAAUACGUUGUGUACUGUUAUCUUAGUAUAAUUUUAUUAAAAUUUAUGGUAUGUUUUAUAUACCUACCAAUUUGAGCUUAGCUAUUUAAAAGUUGAUUAAUUUAGUCCUAAUUUUAGUAUUUUAGGUCUGUAGAGGUAUAUACUUAUGUUACUGAACAUUAUGACAUCAAAUGAAUUUCUUCUUCGAAAUCGUCUGAUGAUUAUUUUAAACUAAGUAAAUUCGAUUAACUGAUUCAUGUCACAGUUUAAAUUAAAAUGGCAGCAUUAAAUGUGUUUUUAAGUACCAUGUCGUAUUUAUGGUAGUAGAAUUGAUGGAUAAACAUGAAAUACCUAACAUUGUCAGAUUUUUAUUAUAGGUAGAGAGACCAAUCAAUUUGAUUAUAAUAAUAAUAAUUAAUAAUGGCUAUUGAAAAAUGGAAGCUUCCAGAAUAAACCCCAAAUCCAUUAUGAAAAUAGUGCCAUUAAUAACUACGUAACGUAAUGGGAGCUGGGAAGGUAUUGAUUGAUGUGGCAGAAUAAUAUUUUUGUCAGAAUUAAUAAUUUUUAAACUAAAGCAAAGCUGUUGCGGAUAAUAGACAAUGUAAUCUGCAUUUGUAUUGUCUAUUUGUUUUUAUAUUUAUGUAUUGUAUCUAAUGUAGUAGGUACGUUAUACGAGAAAUUGAUUUGAUUGUAUUAUUGGAGUAAUAAAAAGCCUAAUAAUAUUGUAAAAACUCGAAUGUAUGUUUUAUUUAAUUUUGUAUCGAAUAAUGUUAUUGUAUAGUGUCACUUUUUGGUAUUGUGUAGCAUAGGUAUACUUAUCUACCAAGGUAUUAUCAGUUGAUAUACUUAAUGUAAUGCUGAACGAAUUUAAUGAGUGUUUUAGUUGCAAUAUUUUUUAAUAGACCUCAUUAUUAGAUGUCAAACAAUACCUAUGUUGGUAGUUCAAUAGGAGACACAUACAAAGCCUAAUGUAAGAUUUUUUACAUAAAAGAAUAGUAUCGAUCAUAGUGGUGUGUUGAAGUAACGGUGACAGACCUAUUGUUAAGUAUCCUAAUAAAGUACAUUAUUGUAUUUAAA